AUGCAGUUGAAAUUGAGAGAGACCUGCUUCGAGCCUACAGACGAUGGAACCGAAUCAUUGGAUCGUCGAGGCUGGCAGCAGAGAGCUCUCGGUCGAGCAGGCGGCCAAAAUGGUUCAACGCAUAACCUGAUGAAUGUGUCAGCAAUCAAUGGCUCAAAUGCACUGUAUCAAGUGAGUGUUAUUGUCUCUUUCAGUGCCAACGACGGUCAUUGA